CGGGCGGGACCGGGAGCGCUGAGGGGCGGCGGGGCCGGGGCGCAUCGCGGGCUCCUCACAGCCCGGGGCUGCCGAGAGCGCUGUGGGAGCGCUGGGAGCCUCCCUCGGUAGCUUAGGAGCGGCGGGGUCCGGCGCGGCCGCGCUCAGCCGGGGUUUCUCGGUAUCUGGGCCUAGGGGCGAGCUGUGGUUUGAGCUCCGCGGAGCUUUCGGGGCCGCUCGUUCCCCUCACCGGCGGGGAGGGGAUGCCCGGGACCGGCCGGCGGUGCGAGCUGCCCUGGGGACGCGAAAUUCAAGGGCGCGGGUUUCAAACGUGCCCCUGGGUGUUGCGCGGAAAGCACUUUGAAGGCUGGGGACAGCUGUGAUGCACAUCUGUGUGACAAAGAAGGCAGCAGCUUUUCCUAGGCACUUUACAAAACUAACUGGAUUGAAAAAGAAAAAAAAUGAAAGACAAAGCACAUGCAGGUGAUUUUCAAGUCCAGGAUUUUAUCAAGAAGAAGAAAAAGAAGAAGAGGAAACCAAUUGAGUCCAACAACAACCACGAAAAUGCUGAAAGUGUGGAAGAUGCAGAGCCUGGCCACGUUUCCCCAGUGCUCUUUGAAGAUGCAGCAGCGCAGGCUGGGGAGGGCAGGGAAAAGAUGAAAAAACUGAAAAAAAAGGGUGAGAAGCAGCAGACUGUGCUGGAUAAAUACUUUGGGAAGGUGGAACAUGAGAUCAGCAAUGGGACUGGAGCAGCUGCUUCCCUGAGGAAGAAGAGGAAGAGGAAGGACAGCAGCCACGAGCUCAGCGAUGUCAGCUGUGUCCCUGUGAACCAGGACUGCCGGGAGGGGGCUGCUGAUGAUGUCUAUUUUAAAAAACACAAGAAGAAAAGGAAAGAGAAGCAUCCUGAAGAGGAUGAGCUGUGUGAGCUGCCUCCCUCUGAGGAACACAGCAAGGGCCACAAAGAGAAAUCCAAAAAGAAGAGGAAGAAGAGGAGAGAGGGCAGUGGCCAGGAGGACACAGAUGGCACAGCUGAGGCACCUCUGUCACCCUCAGGGCAGGACAGGGGGUGGCCUUGCCCUGCAGGGGAGGAUGGAGGCUCUGAUGCUGCCUCUGCCAUGGCUGAGGUCUCCAUGGAGCUCCCUGCAGGUUUCUCCACCCCCAGUAAAGCAGCUGGGCGAGCUGAGAGGACUCCAGCACUUGCUAAAAAGGCCUGUAAGAGCAGCCCUUAUGUCAUGGAAGAAAACUCUUCAGACUCUGAUGUGAUGACACCAAAAGCCUUGGCCUCACAUGAAAAGCAGCAGAACAAUUCCUUUGCUGAACUGGCAGCCUCUGACGAGGUCAGUGUGGAUGGUGAGGAAGGCCUGGACUCUGCCAUGACUUCAUUUGUGGAUUUGGAUACUGCAAGGCAAGAACUGGAAGAGUUUAUUCCUCAUGUGAAGAAUAUAUCAGACAGUUCAAUCAAGAAAAUGGCUGGAAGAGACCUAAUGAGGUUUAAGGAUUUUAAAAAACAGGGUAUGGCUGUCAGGUUUGGCAGAUUUACCCAGAAGGAAAAUAAACAAAUCAGGAAAAAUGUCGAAGAGUUCUUAGCACUUACUGGAAUAGACAGUGCUGAAAAACUUUUGUUUACCUCGAGGUAUCCAAAAGAUAAAGACACCAUCCAUCGCCUGAAAACAGAAUAUCAUUUUUGUGAAAAAAUCUCUGAGGGCAUACCCCGGCCCUGGAGGCUGAUAUAUUAUCGAGCAAGGAAGAUAUUUGACCCAAAUAAUUAUAAAGGAAGGUAUACUAAAGAAGAAAAAGAACAAUUAAAGAAGUAUCAAGCUCUGCAUGGUAAUGAUUGGAAGAAGAUUUCUGAGUUGAUGUCCCGUUCUAACCUCUCAGUUGCUAUGAAAUUCUCUGAAAUCAAGUCAGCUAUUAACUAUGGUCCUUGGACAGAGGAAGAGACCCAGAAGUUAAUGAGUGCAGUGAAGGAUGUGAUGAGGAGAAAACUGACAACAGAAAAUCCAAGUUCUCUUUCCUCCCUGGAACAGUCAGACACAGAUCUCUGGAUUGACCGUGAGCAGCUGUACCAGCCACUGCCAUGGACUGAGAUUGAAACCAGAGUGGGAAGUCGCUACUGGAGACAAUGCAAACAGAAAUGGAAUUCAAUUUUAACAAGCAAAUUGACCAGAGGGCAGAAGUUGUACAGAGGAACCAAUGGAUUAUGGACCAAGAUCACCCUUAUCAAAAGGUUGUAUGAAACAAAAGCAGAGGAUGCCAGUGAAGUAAACUGGGAUGAGCUCAGUAAUGCUAUUGGAGAUGUUCCUAGAGCCUAUGUUCAAUCAAAGUUUUAUAGGCUAAAAGUGUCCUUUGUCCCUCUCUGGAAAAGAAGGACUUUUUCUGAAAUUAUUGAUUAUCUGUAUGAAAAGACACUCCCAGACCUUGAAGAAAAGUUAAGGGAGGAAGAGGGGAAACGCAGAAGUUUUGACAGUUCAGCAGCCAGGCAGCAGCAGCAGCAGGCUUUCAGACUCAGUGACAUUUUUGACUCCAAUGAAGAGACACUCAAUGACAUUUUUGACUCCAGUGAUGAGAAUGAUUAAUUAAUUAGUCCUAAAAGCAAUGCCUAAUUUGCAGAUUUAACUGCAAAUGGGUCUGGUUGAAAGUAGGUGGAGCUCAUCACCUGCAAGUACCCAGGCUGUUGGCAAUGAGAAGAGUCAGGAUUGGCACCUCUGAAUGUCUUGUUUCAGCUUGAAGAUUGAGUUAAACAGAGCUUUUGUGCCACAUUUUAUUUCAUUCAGCUCUGGUUUUAGAAGAUUUCAUGUAAGCACACAAGUUGCUUUCUAAAUGUCUCAAAAUACUUUUUUUUUGGUGGAGUUGACACCUGCUGUUUUCCCAGAAUGAACUUGGUUUUCAGAACUUUAUUUUUUUAAAAUUUAUGGGACUGGAAAAAGGUUUUCAGUUUGCUUUUAAAACUCUCUAACAAUCAAGUCUUUAGACAUCUGUGUUGAUGAAAACAACACAACUUUUGAGUUGGUUUUUUUUAACAGGUAUCUUAUUCUUAAAAGCAGCUGAUUUUAUUUUUUCUUUUUGAUGCAGACUUACACUUUUCUCAAUCCUUCUAGAGAAAAAAGACUUUUGUCCAUUACUAUUCACCAUUUCAUGCUAAGCAAAACAAGUAAUAUAAAGUGUUGUAUUUAAUAUUUGGAAUACAGAGACAAACCAGUGUGUAUAUAUAUGCAUAUGCAUACGCAGAUAUUUUUAUUUUGCCAUGGAGAAUUUCUACAUUUUAAUAAGAUGGAGGUUUUACUUGUGUUUUGUAUGAUACUUUUAACUCUCUGCCUGAAGUGAUUAUUUGUAAAUUGACUGAAUUAAUGUAAAAAGCCCCAAAAAUAUAUGUGUAAAUUCUUGUAAGGCUUGUUUAUAUUUCCUAUAUGUUGUACUAGACAGUAAAGCAAGAAGACUCAGACUCCCUGCUUUUUCAGGGUCAUUUUGAUAAGUGACAAUUUCCCUCUUCAAUUCUAGUAAUCAUCAUUGAAAAUCCAGAACUUUCAAGGGCUUGAACUAAAGGCCUUGUUGGAGGGUCUGGAAGGUGACUUACAGCAAGGGAUUUUAAAGGAAAACUUCCCAUAUGUAACUGUGUCUGCCUUUAGUCUCUCUGAAGAGAGAAAGCACUGGGAUUUUUGUGAGACAGGCCCAACCUCCCCUGCACCAGCCACUGCUUUGAGGAUAAAGUUUUCCAGCCAAGAGAUGAAAUGGGAUGGAGGAAGGAAACACACACCACUUCCACUUAGGUCUUUGUCUUGCUUCAUGGGUUUUAAAGUUAAAAGGUGAAAAACUUGAAUUUCUGAAUCUAAAAAGUUUGUCUUUUUCAAGGUUGUUUUUUUCCCUUGAAAAUGGAGAUGCUCUGAAUUGUGUGCAGGCAAGAGCACAAACAAUGCUUGGUUGUAGAGUUUGUAAAGUCAUCUUGCAGAAAUAAACUUCUGUCUCCA